GGCUGAACACUCCGGGAUCUGACCAAUCCACGAGCCAGCGAGCACCUGCUGCUGGCCCUGCCCCGGGGAAUUCCUGCGGUUUGGCUCGUGCCAACUUUCCCUUUCUCGCCCGGCAGGAGCUUUAUACGGAGAGGCAGCGAGCCGGCAUCGUCCUCUCCUCCGCCCGGCCAGGACAGCAGACGCACGGAGAAGCUACAGGUAGAUAAAAAAGAGCAAAUUCCCAUGGGAAGGUGAAAGAGUAACUGCCGAAGAAUUUAAUUAAUACCUUUUACAGACUGAGCACCAUGGCUCUCGAUGAGUUCAGAGCCGCUAUCCACCAUGGGAACCUGGCAGAUGCGAUUUCUAAUGUGCAGCAGAGAACACCACAGUCGUUUAACAGCCACACCCUCAGCAUUGCUGUUACGGGGGAGUCAGGCUCCGGGAAGUCCUCCCUCAUCAAUGCCAUGCUGGGGCUACGUGCUGGUGAUGAAGGCGCUGCUGAAACCGGGAUGCUCGAUACCAUGACGGAGCCGAUGGCUUAUCCAGAUCCCUUCCUUCCAGGCGUCACGUUCUGGGACCUGCCAGGGGUGGGCACGUCCUAUUUCCCUCUAAACACCUACUGUGAGCAGCUCAAUUUGAGCCGAUUCGAGUUCUUCAUCAUUGUCGGCUCCCAGCGCUUCCGCUCCGAACACGCCAAGCUGGUCCGUGAGAUCCAGAGAAUGGGCAAGAGGUUCUACUUUGUGCGCGCCAAAGCCGACAUGGACCUGGAUGCUUCUAGGAGGCAGCGUCCCUCCAGCUACAACGAGGAGAGGAUCCUGGAGCAGAUCAGGGAGGACUGCAGGGGAGGCAUAGCAGCUGAAGGAGUGGGCCACCCAAAGGUUUUUGUCGUGUCCAGCUGGGAACCCAACCGCUACGAUUUUCCCCUCCUGCGGCAAACUUUGCAGACGGAGCUGCAACGCCUGAAGAGACAUGCCUUCCUGCUUAGCCUGCCUGCUGCCGCCUCGCCCAUCAUCAACCAGAAAAAAGCCACCCUGAAGGGGGAGAUUUGGAAAACUGCCCUUUUCUCAUGUCUUCUCGCUGCCAUUCCUGUCCCAGGCCUCGCUUUCUUGUGCACCUUCUUCAGCUUCAGGAAACACCUCUUCCAAUACUACAGCAGCUUCGGGGUGGACGACAGGGCCCUCUCUGCUCUCGCCCGGCAGGUUGGGAAUCCCAUGCGGGAGCUGACGGCUGUGAUGACGUCCUUGGGAACGACUCCCGUGACGGCUCUGAAGCUGUUGUCAGAUUCGGUGGGGGCUGCCGUGAUGGUAGCGGAAUAUUCGUGGAAGCGCCUCCCCAUAUUUGGUGCCAUGGUGUCUGGAGGGGUGGUGCUGGUUACCACGUCCUUCAUGCUGCGGAAGUGUUUGGCCUCUGUAGCUGACGACACCCAGCGGGUUCUGAGCAAAGCUCUGGAAGCAGAAAGGGAAAAAGCCAACUAGGAUUUGGUGUUGUGUUGGCUGAGCCUGCUGCUGUCUAGAAGAUACAGCCUUGGACUUCAAGCAGGAAAGAUUCAUGCUUCUCCAUCCAGGAGUUGCAUGUGUAGGCCAAAAGCCUAGUGGGAAGAAAUUGUCUCAAGUAAAAUUUUGCUUAUUUUGCCUUAUCCUCCAUUUUGCCAGCUUCUAAUUAGUACAAAGAAAUUGUUCUGAGUUUAUUUUUUGCUGAUUGUGUUAACGUUUGUUCUUAGAAGGAUAGAAGUUUUCUGGCCGUAAUUGCCUUAUUUACUGUGUGGUGUGAGUGACGAAUGGAUGGUAAUUAACUGAGAUAGGACAACUGGGCUGGAUGGUCAAGAAGGGGGUGGAGGUAGGGUGACCAGACAGCAAGUGUGAC